GAUAAUUGAUUAUCAAUUGCUUUUAAUGAUUUCCACGACUUUUCAAUUGAAAUUCUAGAGCAUUAGAGAGGCAGUCGUCAUGAACAGCAGCAGGGAAUYCAGCGAUCAGUGCGAACUAAAUAAACCACAAACCAAGCACGUUGCUAAAUCAUUUAUUAUCAUUUUGAUAUUUGUGCUUGGUGUCUCGGGCAAUGCCCUCGUGGUUUAUCUAAUACGUAAAGCCAAGAAGCUUCACAAGCAGAUGUGCUAUGUUAUCGCUAACAUAGCUGUWGCCGACAUUGUUGUCUUAUCGCUUGGAUUGAGAGAAUGGCUGAAUUAUCUCUUGUCAGGAUCAAGGUCUUUYAAAGUUGGCGGAAGUUURGGUAGCGCUGGUUGUAAGAUGAACACCCUCCUUCAGCUCGUUACACCAGUGGUAUCUAUCACCUCWGUCAUCGUCAUCUCCUUCGAGCGUCUCCGCGCCAUUAGAAGUACAGUACGCGUGAAACCUAUAACCCCUCGCUGGUUUGCCUGUCUGAUCGCUGCCACUUGGCUUGUUCCUAUCGCUAUCUACAGCUACACUCUUUACGCGUUUGAGAUCGUGCCAAAACAAGACGAUUUCUAUUGUGUCGACGUCUACAUCGAUAGACAAGGCUGGAUCCUUUACCACUACGUAUUCUAUGUCAUACUGGUAGGCUUGUUCGUUGUGCUGGUAACGCUGAACAUCCUCGUCAUAAAAAGCCUGCAGUCAUCCAAGAACGACCUUGCUUUGCCUGAGAUCGAGAUGAAGAAGCGCGAGCGAAAGUUCACCCGUGCAGUUCAGCUUGUGGCGUGUUUCACCAUCGCCUUCAUGAUCUUUUGGAGCCCGCGAAGUUGCCUCAAGUUUCUCGAUCAUCUCCUGGUAUUUCGUUUUCAGAAUUGUACCACGUUGUAUUUCAGCAUCGAUAUGUUGUUUCUGUURAAUUGUGUUUUGUCGCCGGUGAUAUAUUUUGUAUUUUUGAAGGAUUUUCGCGAUGCUUUGAAAGAUUUAAGAGGGAAAUUUUCAGUAGGAUUUGUGACGGUAAGCAGCAGUAAGGAUAGUGAUGAACGUAAGAUUAGCAAACURCAGAGUACAUCACUGUGAUAAAUAUGUAAUACAGCUACUGUAAAGAGGUUUUCUGUAGAGAAAGAGCACGACCGCAACUUACUGUGGGUAUUUUACCGCUAAGACUCAUGGGCUUCCUGUCUUUUUAGGAGAGCUAGAAGAGGGAGAAUGGGAGCGAAUAAGGAAGAGCGAAUAUGACCGUUAUGUCUGCGGAGGAGGUUAUCCUUAGCAUGUAAAUCUAGKUUUCUUUCAGCGAAUCCACAGUAUAGAACAAUAUUUGAUUCUGAACUUGAAAUUCUUUCCCGGCCAUCACAUCUUUUAUACUAACGUAUUUUUGUUUUGGCGACUUUGAGGAUUUUGUUACAUGAAUAUCUUCUUAAAAUUUAUUCAAUCUCGUCGAACAUGGCAAUACUGAAGCACACCGGGUGUGUUGUUCUUUGGGUGCGAUUUUGUUGCUAAUAAUGACAAAUCGAUUAUUGAUUAUUAUAUUCGUGUUCUCAUCAGUCUCCGAUAACGUGCUAUAUUUUACUGAUAAACGCAUCCCAGGGAGUAGAUAAUUACUUUCUAUAUUGUGCUCAAGUAAUGUCGCUGCAGUUUACCGGUGAAAUAUUGCACUUACUGAGUGCUAAGAGAGCGCUCUAAAGGGCCGCAAUAAUCCCUUUUUUUCGGUUCCGGCAUCAUCUUUGCGUGCCUCACCGAUAAACCACUUUAAUUAGUUGAAUCCUUCUAUACUUGAAUUCAUUCAUUAGUACAUUCGGUCGUAGCCUCCAUUUAAGUGGAUCUCAGUUUCAUUCAAGUCUAACUGAAGUCUUAGCGACUGUUUGUCUAUCCGUUGAAUACGRUCACGGGACUUACAAACGAUUUCCAAUGAUGGUUUCCAAUGACAUUCAAUACCCACAAUACCGUUCGGUCGUGAAUAUCUUUUGUCUAAUGAUAACCUUAUUACUUUCAAAGACAUCUUACAAUGCAAUGCGUUUGGAACAUAAGAAUACGCUAUGCGAUAAAAGAAGACGAUUCCAGCUGAACGCUUUCUUUUUGCGUUUUGAUUGAUAGACUCAGAAAAAUGUCGAUUGAUAGACUUUUAUCCAAAWAUGGUCGCCAAAUUAAAAAUUGUCGCAUAUCGAAAAUUGACCGUGUGGAUGAGYGUCACAUAAAAUGUAGCAAUGAUUUUGACGUCACACAUCGAUAUACACUCUAAAUUAAUCAAUAAAAUCUCUGUUUUCUCUUACGAACUCYCAGAAGAUCGAUAGAUAACUUGAUUUUCGAAUGGAAACCUACCAUUCAUGCUAGGUAAACAGGCGGGAACUAUUUUCGUAUUCAAUACGAAAGAGACAAUAACAAGAGAGGCAAUUAUUAAAGAUGAAUUUAAGUCUUGAAGUGUUUUGUGGCUGUGUAAGCUCAGGUAAGUAUUUCAAAAGAAUGGAAAUCAUUUUUUCUAGUAUCUAGCGAAAUUCAGUGUAUCUUUAACAAUUAUUUGCUGCCUAUCCACACGGACAAAUAAAAAUUGCCACAUAUAGUUGUCACAUAAAAAUUGCUAGUGUAGACGGGACUUAAAUGAUAAUCGGACAGUGAUGCACUCAGAACUAUAUUAAAGCAAAUUAGUACUAGUAUUACCAUACUAGUGGACUAUUGCAAAUCCUUCAUUCUGAUUGGC